AUGUUUUCAAAGGAGAAAAGUGCCCAAAGAACGUACACUGCUGGUCAAUAUCGCAUACCUAACGGCUUAUACCCGAGGAGGACCUUCGGAAAAGCCUCUACCCUGAAAUCGUUAUUAGGAAGCACGAUCUACUUGUUAGAAAAAACUAGAGUUCAAACCGAAGAUUUGAAAAAUUCGAGCUCGUUAUCCCUGCACAAUCAUAAAAGUGGUCGCGGAAACGGCCAAGUUUUUAUAGAAGCGGGGUUUCAAGAUCAUCCUAAAGAUAAUACG